AGUGGAGUAGUGAGUGACUAUCACCCAUAAGUAUUAUAUAUUUGGAAAGUACAAACACCAUCAUGUUCAGUUGGCUAAAAAAGGAAGGCGAGAAAACUGAAAGUAUCGAGAAUGUUGUGGAAGGUCUUAAGAGGAUUUACAAAACUAAACUUUUGCCACUCGAAUUGCACUAUCAGUUUCAUGAUUUUCAUUCACCACAACUAGAAGACCCAGACUUCGAUGCUAAGCCAAUGAUAUUACUGGUUGGUCAGUACUCUACUGGAAAAACGACCUUUAUAAAAUAUCUAUUGGAGCGUGAUUUCCCGGGGAUUAGAAUCGGGCCAGAGCCGACAACAGAUCGUUUCAUUGCUGUAAUGUUCGACGAAAAAGAGAGUGUAAUCCCUGGUAACGCACUAGUUGUCGAUCCCAAAAAACAAUUCCGUCCACUCAGCAAGUUUGGUAACGCCUUUCUGAAUAGAUUUCAAUGUUCUACCGUCAACUCGCCUGUGCUUCGUGGAAUAUCUAUUGUAGACACACCUGGUAUACUCUCAGGUGAGAAGCAGCGCGUGGAUCGCGGUUAUGAUUUUACUGGAGUCUUGGAAUGGUUUGCGGAGCGUGUUGAUCGCAUCAUACUCUUGUUUGAUGCUCACAAAUUAGACAUAUCAGAUGAGUUCAGACGCAGUAUAGAAGCUUUGAGAGGGCAUGAUGACAAGAUUCGUAUAGUUCUAAACAAAGCUGAUAUGAUUGACCAUCAACAGCUGAUGCGCGUCUAUGGAGCGCUCAUGUGGUCUCUGGGAAAAGUGUUACAAACUCCUGAAGUUGCCAGAGUCUACAUUGGAUCUUUCUGGGAUCAACCAUUACGGUAUGAUGUAAAUAGACGCCUCUUUGAAGAUGAAGAACAGGAUCUCUUCAGGGACAUGCAGUCACUCCCAAGAAAUGCUGCUCUGCGUAAAUUAAAUGAUUUAAUUAAGAGAGCACGUCUUGCAAAGGUACAUGCAUACAUUGUCAGCGAGUUGAGGAAAGAAAUGCCUUCCAUGUUUGGAAAAGAUGGAAAGAAAAAAGAAUUGAUUAAGAAUCUGGGCCAAGUAUAUGACCGAAUUCAAAGAGAACAACAAAUUUCUCCAGGUGAUUUCCCUGAUAUUAAAAAGAUGCAGGAAAACUUGGCAAACCAUGACUUCACUAAGUUCCAUCCUUUGAAGCCUAAACUUCUGGAAAUUGUAGAUCAGAUGCUAGCUACAGAUAUUGCUAGGCUUAUGGACAUGAUCCCACAGGAAGAAGUCAAUAUUGUCUCCGAACCACUGAUUAGAGGUGGUGCAUUCGAAGGUGUUGAGGAUCAAGAAUCGCCGUUUGGCUAUGGACGUGGAGAAGGUGUCGACGCUGGCCACGGUGACCCUGAAUGGAUUUGCAGCAAGGAGAAACCUCGCUACGACCAAGUCUUUCAGUCUUUAAACCCUAUCGACGGGAAAGUCACCGGCGCUGCGGCCAAGACAGAGAUGGUGAAGUCGAAGCUACCGAACACAGUGUUGGGGAAGAUCUGGAAACUUUCCGACAUCGACAAGGAUGGAUACCUCGACGAAGACGAGUUCGCACUCGCCAUGCACCUCAUCCGGGUCAAAAUCGACGGCCACGACCUGCCCUCGGAAUUGCCACCACACCUCGUUCCUCCCUCCAAGCGCAAUUGAAAAUUAUCAUAACUUAAAUCAUUGUUAUAUUGCGUUAGAGCGGCACGUUAUAUUGCAUAGGCAUCGUUAUUUUUAUAUUCUUACCUGUGGUGGAAAUAAGAAACAUUAAUUUCUUUCGCAUAAUACAACGCUAAGCUCUGUUUGCAAAUAUUUCUGUGAUUGCUGUAUGUGCAUAAUAAAUGUAAGCUAAUAAAAGGCAAUGGCUUGCCUACCUGUGUUAGUUAAUUGACAAGACAAAUUUGCUGAAUGUUUAGUAAAUUGAUGCGACGAUAGUUGGUCUACUCGAAGACGGUAAUAUUUGUCUUGUCAACGUUAUAAAACGUGUAAUGUCCAUAACAGUCGUAAAAGUGUAAUUAUCCUCAAUGUGUCCUUACAGACGAGUCUGGGUUCUCUGAGAUUGUUCGGCAUAUGUUGCUUUUCAUGAAGAAACUUUCAGAUGGGUGUUUUCUUUCUUGAAAUCAACAUUGUACUAAUACUCGCAUACCAAAUAUUUUUGAGUGUUGCAUUUUCAUCGAGAUAUCAUUUGGAAUUAUUUGCAAUUUAUUGUGUGAUAGAGCAGAGGGCGGGUACAUACAUACAUACAUAUAUGUAAUACACAAUUCACGGAAUAUUAAUUCAAUUUAAUGUCUAUGUGGUGUUCUUGGAAAAUUUUAUGAAAUCGUCUGUGAUUGCUUCCUUGCAAUAGCAAUUUAUCAAUUAAGAAUUGCAUGUAUUAUGGCCGUAUCUAUGAAAUUGCCGUUUUAUAUAGAGAGAAUAGAAAAUUUUUUUUUUUAGAAAUGUAUAAGUGUACUCAUUCUAUUAAUCCAAGUAUUGAUCAUUAUUGUCUAUGCGCUUUUGCCAUUUUAAUGAAAGUUCAUUGAUGAUUGUGCUAUGAAAAUCCUAGGAACGGCAAUCAAUAAAUUGUUUAAAGGCGUUUUUCUCAGCCUCAUCGGAUUUGAAAUUUUUUUGAAGUUAUUCAACUUCCGAAAAAGUCAGUUGGAGCAGGGAUUGGUGAGUAUGAUGGAUAACAUAAGAAUUGUUGUCGUGGAGGAGUGAACUAGACCAAUUGACAAGUGUCGGUUGUUUGACAGCAAGCUUGUCAAUCAUCACUCGCAAUUGUUCAUAGUACACCUCUGCAGUAUUUUUUGUGCUAGGUCUCAAGAAGCUGUAAUGUCCGAUAGGUCGACCGCAUGGUACACUCAGAGCAGUUUCUUCCGACUCAAUUUGCGUUUGGGGCGUGGUUUGACUGCCUCCCUUGUGGCCAAUCAGUACGGCAGACGUUUUUGAUUGUCAUCUAAGACCUACUUUUUAUCACAAGUGACAAUCCAAUUCAGAAUCCCCUCAUUUGAGAGCCUAUUCAUCAAAUUAAACCAAGCUUCGACUCGAUUUUGUUGUUUGUUCAUAUGGCACCCACGUUGUUAGCUUUUUUAUCUUUCCAAUUUGACGCAAAAUCAAUAUCGCUUAUGUUGUUUGAGAUGAAUCUGCUUCCACUAUGCCUUUCAAUUCAUCGUUAUCAACUUUAGUAUCCGGUCGGCUAUGGGGCUCAUUCUCGAGAUCAAAAUUUCUAGAACACAAGCGAUCAAAUCAAAAACACACUGUGCGCUUACUUGCGCUAUCUCGUUCAUACAUAUUGUUGAUAUUGCUUACCGUCUGUGCAGAACACAGAAAUAA